AUGGAGGUGUUGUCAGAAGGUGGCAAGAAAGUUUGGACAGGCUUGGAAGCGUCAGAAGGAAGACAUUUUUGUUACAGUGAUGGAGACAGGGAAUUAGCAUUACUGAGGGGAGAGUGUAACUCUAGGCCUACUCUCUUCCGAUCUGCCACUUUAAAAUGGAAGGAGACUCUGAGCAGAAAAAGGCCAUUUGUGGGACGUUGUUGCUACGUAUGCACUCCCCAGAGCCGGGAUAACUUCUUCAAUGCUAGUAUUCCUUCUUUGGGUCUACGUAAUGUCAUAUAUAUCAAUGAAACACACACCAGGUACAGAGGAUGGCUUGCAAGACGGCUUUGUUAUGUUCUUUUUGUGCUAGAGAGGGAUGCUCACAAGGGAAUGUUUGCCAAGAACCUGACAGAAAAUGUGCUGAAUAGCAGUAGGGUACAGAAGGCCAUUGUAGAUGAAGCUUCUGAGCCAAGUGUUCCAGGUAGCUUUGCUCAGGUGGAUCCUAAAGCUAUCAACAAAGUGAAAAAAAAAGCUAGGAAAAUUCUCCAAGAAAUGGUAGCAAAUGUGUCACCGGCUUUGAUCAGGUUGACUGGGUGGGUGUUACUGAAGUUAUUUAACAGCUUUUUCUGGAAUAUUCAGAUUCACAGAGGUCAAAUAGAAAUGGUCAAAGCCGCAACAGAGAUGAAUUUGCCUCUUAUCUUCUUGCCUGUUCAUAAAUCUCACAUUGAUUACCUGCUCCUUACAUUCAUACUUUUCUGCCAUAACAUCAAAGCACCCUAUAUUGCUGCAGGGAAUAAUCUCAACAUCCCCAUCUUCAGCACACUGAUCCGCAAGCUAGGAGGAUUUUUCAUUCGUCGAAAGUUGGAUCAGAGUCCUGAUGGUCAGAAGGACUUCCUUUACAGAGCUUUGCUGUAUGUGCACAUAGAAGAAUUGCUGAGACAGCAACAGUUUUUAGAAAUAUUCUUGGAAGGCACACGGUCUCGAAGUGGAAAGACAUCAGGUCCUAGAGCGGGUCUUUUGUCUGUGGUAGUGGAUGCUCUCUUCUCAAAUGCUACUCCUGAUGUCCUAAUUAUACCUGUGGGAAUCUCCUAUGAUCGCAUAAUUGAAGGUCACUAUAACAGUGAGCAGCUGGGCAAGCCUAAGAAGAAUGAAAGUCUUUGGGGUAUAGCAAGAGGAGUCUUCAGGAUGCUGCGGAAGAAUUAUGGCUGUGUCAGAGUAGAUUUUGCACAACCAUUUUCUUUAAAAGAAUAUGUGAACAGCCAAAGUCAAAAACCUGUGCCUGCUCCUCUUUCUCUUGAACAAGCUUUGUUACCAGCUAUACUUCCAUCGAGACCUAAUGAUACUGUGGAUGAAGGUACUGAGGCUUCACUGCCUAACUCCAGGGAUAUAACCAGUGAGCCUUACAGAAGGGAGCUGAUAGCCAACUUGGCUGAGCAUAUUUUAUUCACUGCUAACAAGUCCUGUGCUGUGAUGUCUACCCACAUUGUUGCCUGUUUGCUGCUGUACAGACAUAGGCAGGGAACUGAUCUUUCCAGGUUGGUAGAAGAUUUCUUCUCCAUGAAGGAAGAGGUCUUAGCCCGUGACUUCGAUUUGGGAUUUUCAGGGAACUCAGAUGAUGUUGUCAUGCAUGCCAUCCACUUGUUGGGGAACUGUGUAAAUAUCACAAACACCAGUCGAAACAACGAGUUCUUCAUCACUCCCAGCACAACGAUCCCUGCUGUCUUUGAACUCAAUUUCUACAGCAAUGGAAUUCUUCAUGUAUUCAUUAAAGAGGCAAUCAUUGCCUGCAGUCUUCGUGCAGUUCAGAGUAAGAGAUUCAGAAAUGGUACCAAUGGUGCUUCUCCCAGUUUGAUUAGUCAAGAGCACCUUGUCCGGAAAGCUGCCAGCUUGUGCUACUUGCUUUCUAAUGAAUUUACUGUAUCUUUGCCUUGUCAGUUGAUAUAUCAAGUUUGCCAUGAAGCAGUGGAAAAGCUGAUACAAUAUGGUAUUCUUCUGGUGGCUGAGCAGGAUGAUCAGGAGGAUGUCAGUCCCAGUCUUACAGAGCAGCAGUGGAAUAAAAAACUCCCUGAACCAUUAACUUGGAGAAGUGAUGAAGAAGAUGAAGAUAGUGAUUUUGGAGAAGAGCAAAGAGAUUGCUACCUGAAGGUGAGUCAGUCUCAAGAGCACCAGCAGUACAUCACUUUCCUGCAGAGGUUACUGGGACCUUUACUGGAGGCAUAUAGCUCUGCUGUCAUCUUCGUACACAAUUUUAGUGGUCCUGUUUCAGAGUCCGAAUACCUUCAAAAGUUACACAGGCAUUUAAUAAGCAGGACAGAGAAGAAUGUUGCUGUGUAUGCUGAGAGUGCUACAUACAGUCAUGUGAAAAACGCAGUGAAAGUCUUUAAGGAAAUUGGGGUUUUCAGUCAGACCAAUCAAAAGAGAGACACUAUUUUGGAACUUAGCACUACGUUCCUACCUCAGCGCAACAGGCAAAAACUACUGGAAUUCAUCAUGAGCUUCAUGGUAUUAUAGAACACAUACAGCACUUUUGUCCAGGGACAUGAAGGCAGGUUUUGAGACUGUAUCAAAUCCUGGGGACAUUUGCUACCCUUCAAAAUUUAAGGUGCCGCUGUCUGGGUAAGGCCUUCUCUGACUUGAACUACUGGAAGACAAGUGCCUUCUUAUGUAUGCAUCUAUGGGUUUCUUACAGUUCCAAUCCUGUUCUGAUACUCAGAUGACACUUUGGAUACAAGUUAUAAAACAUGUUGCAAAAAAUAAGAGCAAUGAUUAAAAUUAGAUUUAGAAUGGAGAGUGAAGUUUUAUCAAUGUUAUGUUUUAAAUAAAUCCACUUUUAAAAAUGGUAACAGAUGCACAAAUACAAAUGUUUGUGAUCUGUAGCUAACCCUGAGAUCUUGAGUUUAGUGGCAGCACAGCUUAUAGCAUAAAAAAUAACUUUCAUUCAAAUCCAGUUUUAUUGUUUUAAAUAAAAAGUAUCUAAAAUCUUGUUUAGGCAGGAUAUAUACUUCAUGGAUAAAGCCAUAGUUUUGCAUCAAUGCUAACAUAAAUGCCAAAAUUCUAAUGUGAAUAACAGUUACAAACAUCCAAGAAUAAUGACCAUGUAGCAGAUGAUUGUCAGAAAUGUCAGCAGGCAUACCUUGCACUAUUAGGGCUGUGUAGUGCAGUGGCAAAUUGCACUGAUCACUGCUGUCAUGAAGAAUGUCAGAAUAGCAUUUUUGUUUUUAUGGUGGCAUCUGUCCUUCAGGCAGAUGAAAGUCAGGAGCCAGUUGUCUAACUGUGAAUAUCUUGUAAAAUCUUAGAUUAUUAUUUAAUUGAGAAAAGCUAUAAAGAUUUUAUUUGUAAUUAGUAAAGUGUCAGAUCUUUUUUUUUAAGUGGAGCAAAAACUUGAUUUGGUGAAAUAAUUUUUUAAGUUUGGCCCUAAAAAUUUCAUCAGCAACUUCAACAAUUGUUUGGAAAACAGUGGUUCAUAUUCUGUAGCUGAGCAGAUCUUAGUUAGUGUUAAGAAGUAGCCUUUAGAAACACGGAAAUAUCAUAAGCAGUGUCCUUUGGUCUCUGUUUUUACUGACUUACAGAAAAAAAAUUCACAGAGAGAUCUGAAUAAUUGAAAGCUGAUGAAUAAUUCUGUCCCAUGAGACAGGACUUUAGUCUUGCAGUUUGGUCAUUUUGCAUGGAGGAACUUGCACUGUAGAUUUCUCUUCAUGUGAGAUGAGUUUAAAUUGGAAGCUGUAGUCCUGUUUUCUCAGUACAGCUGAUCGAGUUGAAGCAAUAACUUGGUGGUACGUGAAACUGGCUUGCUUAUGAAAUGUGUUUUCCUCAUGUAGAUUGCUUUCUGUAUGAGGGAAAUCAAUACUUCCAUUAUGGCAUUGUUUCACUUGAUUCUCAUGUCAUGGCCUUGUGAGCAGAAAAUCCCCCCCAAGUUUUUCAUGUCGAUCUCUGUUGCUUAACAUAAAUAUGGAAAAGCAUACUUGAAUCCCAGCGUUUGCACUGUUAUGCCAGCACAAAACUGACGCACACAUUUUGAGUUUGUGGCCAAGGAGCUUGUGUUUGUACUGCACACUUAUCAACGAGGAUAUUUCUGUAAAUUUUUUAUUAAAUGCUAUUAAUAUUUGAAAUCUAUGGUUUAUAGUUAGCAUUAUACAGUUAGCACUGUGAGACACGUGUUCUGUCACUAAACCAGGUGCUGUACAACACUUAAAGAAUUUCUGAACCAAAGCUACAUUAAUAUGAAUAGAAACUGACUGUAGAAUUGCUUUUGUUUUUAUGCAUUCCUGCUGUCUCAGCAGGAUAGUGACUGGAAGGCACAUCGUCUCUUUUGUCUACUAGCUUUUUAGAGAAGUUUCAGCUCAUUCUAGCUAAUGUUCACAGUCCGGUUAACCCAAUGAAUGCUCAUACAGUGUUGUUGCUGAUGGCUUCCAUUUAGUCUUUUAAAAGACUAGGUGCUUCUAAAUAACAAGGUCUCAUAGUUUACUACACUUCAGUACAUGUGAAGUGUAUUAACGGUGAAGAUUGUAAAUAAAAUUUUUUACAUAUGAAGCAAUAUGAAGCAAACAAAACUUGAGUCAUUUUGUUAAGAUUGUUCUGCCAACUGAUGUGUUAAUUGCAUAUACCCCAGGAGCACUGUGGUCGCAGGAGUGUUCUGGCUAGGUGUUGCAACUAAACCUAACUUAUAGUUUACCUUAAAACAGAAAAAAAAAAAAAAAAAAAAAAAAAAAAGGAAAAAAAUAAAGAGAAAAUCUGAUUAACAGAAGUCAGCGAGUGGAUAGAGUACUAUGCAUGUGAAUACACAUUAAUGAAUGCAUUUGGUAUGCAGAGGCAGGAUACACCUGUAAGGUUGGUUUUGUAUGAAAAAGCUGCACGUGAAAAAAUCAUGUACUAGGAGUCAUCUGCCACUGGAAGCCUUUGCUUUCUGCAGCAAGUGUGUAUGUGUGCAAGCAUGGAUAUUAUGACACACAACGAUGCUUUUCCCUGGAAAUAAAGCACAGUAUAAAAAUUACCUGGCUGUAAUAGUCAAAAACUACAACCAACACUUUUGCACUGUAUUUACACCUUCAGUAUCUUCUGACUUUAUUUACCUCUCGUGUUUCCUUUGCUGAUAUAAUACCAGGUUGAGUUAACCUUGGUAAAGUUAAUCAGUAAAGAAGAAAUAAUAGACUUUGAAUUACCACAAAUGUGUUUUAAGACUCUCCUCUUAACAAAGACACAAGCACCAUCAUUCUAUUCAUGUUAAUCAGGUAUGCAGGUCUUUUGGGGUCAGGGUCUUGCAUAAUAUGUGAAAUGUAAUCUUUCCACGUGUAUCCUAUAGAUCUUAUAUUUUAGAGCAACGGAAGUAUAGAAUUCCAUUUCCAUGCUGCCACAACCCCCCAGCCCCCAGGGAUUGUGAGCUUAUUAACACGUUACUCACAGUGACCUGUAAGGCAUAUCUGCCUUCUCUUUGACAGCAUAGGGCUUUUUUCACAUAUCUUUGGUUAGGAAGCAUAUACACACACUUGCCUUUACCUGGUCUCUGCUCUGCCAAGAAAUACUCAGCAUCACGAUUUUAAAGAACACUGAGCUGGAGGGGUUGUAAGAUACUGUUGCUGUUUUGUUUCUGUGCUUAUGAGCCCGGUACUGCUUCCUUGUGAAUGUUACCACGUUUUACUUGUUGUCCAUUGUAGAAGCACAGAGGUGUUCUGGAGUCAUUUUAAUAAAUUAAACUGUUUGCUAAUAUGAAA